CUGUGGAAAGCACAGUACAAGAUGAUGGCAUUGUCGUUAAAAUUCAACGCUUUCUACAAAGUUUCACAGAGAAAGAAAACUUAGAAGAGUCAUUUUCCUCGAAAGAAAAACAAGAUAUAUACAAGACUAUUGCGGAAAAAUGACAUUAAAUCUUAAACAACCUGGCAUGGAAAUGGUUGUUUUGUCACCGAAGCACUCUAAAGAAAAAUUGCAAAGGGUGGCACAAAGAAGCAAGGUUCAAAUCGAAGAGAUGGACUCUGAUUUGACAAACAAGGAGGCGAUACAGGAGAUGAUAAAGGACUAUGAACAUGACCAGGAAAAACAAUGCUCACGGGGCAAGAGCUUGUUGGAACAAGUGGACCAGAUCUUGGAGAAGGAAGAAAACUAUCCCCAUGUUGGUCGCUUUGACAUUGGCGUCGCACCUGACAAAGAAAAAAAGGAGAAGAAACGUCAUCGAUGGCACAUUGAACUGCACACCGACGUCAGGCGGAGGCAUCCCAUCGUAAAAUCUGAACCAAGACACGCCCAUUUAAGUGUUUCAGACCUGGCGGCAAUCUUAAGGGAGGAAACCUCUGGAACCACGACAGAAUUUGUCCCCGUUACUGGAUUAUACACGUCAGUAAAGAAUGGGGUGCUUCAAAAUGAAAACGUAUCGUAUCAGUGCAUUACAAUGAUGGAAGACUAUAAAGAAUUCUCCUUAGAGGAAUUGCGAUCCGAGGAUUACUUGUUUAACAGAGGGAAACCAAGGCCUCCAAUGGGAAUAGAAACGUCGUUAAUUAAAAGGCUCCACGAAGGACGCAUAACACUGAGACGUUUCCCAGAAGUUGUGAAAUUUGAUCCACUUACUGGCCAGGACACUUUAGUUAAAAAUGGACUAACACAGACCGUCAACACACUACAUAACUGUAUCACCGCCAUGGCGGAGUACACACACACAAGUUUAGAGGAGCUGAGAGUCAAAGAUUAUGAGCGAUGGCUAGGUAACGAAUAUCUUCCGCAAGAAGAGGAGAUAAGGCCUCGAACUGAAACUAAAAUGGCAACCGACACAGAAUUUUUGCCGGAGACGUCGACAUCAGUGGCUGCAUCGAUGAUACAUUACGGAAAAUCAGGGAAACGUGAUGGCGCGGAAACCAUUUGCACACAAUAUCUUGAAGAUCGCUGUAAGGACCAAAACUGCCAAUUUCUUCAUCCGGAUCAGAAAUUGCCGUAUGUGUGGCAAAUAAAUUUGGCAGAUAAAAGUUGGGCUAGUUUGCCCAUGAAUGUGAAAAUCGAGGACAAAUUUUGUGCCAGUGCAGAUAGCACGGAAAUAUACAAUAUCAAUGUAUUGAACAAGGAAGUAGUGUUCCAGAUUCAAUUUAAAGCGAACCUCUAUGCCGUUCAGGCUGGGUCAAGCCAGCCGGUGGCUGUUCGUCGUUUGUCAACACCAGCUUACACACUUGAAAAGGACGUUUGGGAAGCUCCAAUAAAAUUUGAUACACAAUGGAGAUGGUUUUGGCAAGACGACGAGGAAGAAUGGAAUAAGUUUACACCUGACUCGUUACAGCAGACGUUAGAGAUAAGAUAUCGAACCCAAAAAACUGAACAAAAUGAACAACGAUACUAUAGCUUCUUUCUUGAAGAUGGGACCUACUUAUAUGAUGUGGACUUGCAGCAGAUGACACAGACAAAUAUUGUCACUAGCAAGACACGCGAACUUCGAAGACGUCCUUUGCUCGUUAUGCCAAACGACAUUAUCUAUCAAAAGGGACCCGAGUCACUUUCACUUGUUGAACCGAUGCAGGCAGAUAUUGAAACACCGCAACACUGGUCACCACAGGACAGUAUUCACUCCUUUGAGCUUGUAAGAGUGUCCCUAGGUCAAGAAUACAUUACUGUGGUAACCAAGUUCUUUGAAACUAUGUCAAGGGAUGAUAUAGAUAACCCUGCUAUCUACAGAGUUCAAAAUCUUGACCUAUGGAGUCAAUACAUUAGCAAAAGAAAAAGUAUGCAGAUCAAGGCAAAACGACUUGGAAGAGAUAAAGAUCUUGAAAUACGAGAGCUGUUUCACGGAACGGACACUUUAGAAGCAGCAAGAGGAAUAUGCAUCCAUACCAUUGACCCCCGGGUUUCAGGAAAACACGGCACUGCUUUCGGACACGGUGCCUACUUUGCCAGAGACGCUUGCUACAGUGACAGAUACACAACGGGAGGGUCAAGAUUUGUGUUUCUAACGUCAGUUCUGGUCGGAGAAUACACAAAAGGAAAUAAGGACUACAGAAGGCCACCAAGUAAACCAGGAACCAUGCAUGGAGAUCUUUUUGAUACAUGCGUUGAUUCUAUUACUGAUCCCGCUGUCUUUGUUGCGUUUGACAGAGCGCAGUAUUAUCCGGGGUAUCUGAUUGUGUACAAAAAUCGGCGAUGAAUUUAAAUUACUUGAAUUUGUAUUUCCAACUCGAACGUUUUGAACAGAUGAGGACUGUAUGUGAUACAAACACUUUUACCGGUUGAACAUUACUGUAUAUUAUAUAAUUGUUAUUUGUCAUGUUUAUUAUUUGAGUGGCAUCCUUUGUUUGAUCUGAUAACAUUUAAAUGGUAUCUGUUCGUUUAUAUAAGUCUUCAAACUGGUUAGUUAAGUACUAACAGAAAUGAAGAAUGCAGUGAAUGCAACUGGUGAAUGCAGUUUCGCAUCUCAACCGGAUUUUUCAAUUCGACAAUUACUAUUUUGCAGCAGGAUAUAUGUAUAUAGAUGUAAAGGUAAAUGCUGCUGACCCAUAUUUACAAUGAUCCUACAUAGUUUAUGACCCGAAAUGACACAAAUUCACACUGGUCCUAAAUAUCAUAAUGAGAAAUAUACUGAAUGAAUUUCCUGACGAUUGGAUAAACAUUGUUGAAAUUAUUAUAGAAAAAAAAAACUUGAACACAAAGUUUUUUCCUUCAUAUUUGACCUAAAGACCUAGUUUUUGACCAAAGAUAACCCAUAUUCACAUUGGUCGUAAAUAUCAAAUUGAAAAAUAUUCUGACUGAGUUUCGUGGAGAUUGGAUACAUGCUGAAGAAUAAUUGAACGCAUUUAUUUUUACCUAGUAACCUAGUUCUUUUACCUAAGAUGAACCAUAUGAACACUGGACCUUAAUGCUUCCAAAUAUAUCAAAGAAGCAAAAUCAAAAUAUUUUUU